CGCCCACUGCAAUCGACUAUAUUCGAGGAAGACAGAGACUGUGAUCACGACAGCUGUACAAACGCUCUGUGCAACUGAAACUUGUUUUUUUUCCGAACGACAGAAAAAGACUUGUACGAUUUGGAAAAUGAAGUUGUUGAAACACGUAAUGAAAAAUCCUCACAAGGUGUUGCCUCAACUGGGCGCAGCGGCUAUCGGAUCUUGGGGAUUCUUCUGCACUGGAACGGUUCGCGGAUGGAGUUCACCGGGAAUUCCUUCGCUCAACGCCACCAAGAACUUUGAGAUCGAUGCGACUGAAAUGGCUUGGAUUGCCGCUAUGCCGCCCUUGUGUGCCCUUGCCGGAGCUUUACUCAUUGGCUACCCCAUGCAACGAUAUGGCAGAAGAACGGCACUCAUAGGAUUGAGUGUUCCAUUCUUUUUGGGCUUUAUUCUGAUGGGUUUCACGUAUCUUGUGCAACACAAAGCCAUUCUCUUUAUCGGUCGUCUCAUGUCCGGCUUGAUGAACGGAGCAGCGACGCCAGCAUCACAGAUUUACAUUAGCGAGUGUUCUUCUCCUCGUAUUCGUGGCACUCUCAGUUCUUUUACGGCCAGCGCUUUGGCGAUGGGCAUCCUGGUGGCCUACAUCAUUGGCGCCUUUGUCGACUGGUGGAUCCUGGCUUUCAUUCUGAGCAUGUUCCCCAUGAUUUUAUUCACUGGUAUGAUUUUCAUGCCAGAGACUCCCGUCUGGCUCAUUUCCCACAACCGAGAAGAUGACGCCAAAAAGGCACUGCAGCGCCUGCGCGGAAAGCGGACAGACAUUGAAGCUGAAUUUCAACGGAUGAAAGAAAAUCAAGCGAAAAACAGCCAGCAGCAACAGAUCCAGCCGAGGGAAUUAUUGAAAGGAUCUGUUUUGAAACCACUUGGAAUUUCUAUGGGUAUCAUGUUCUUCCAGCAGUUCACCGGCAUCAACGCCAUGAUUUUCUACACUGUCAGCAUCUUCAAAUCGGCCGGAACGACACUCGAUGGCCGCUACGCCACCAUCAUCAUCGGUUUCGUUCAGCUUUUCGCAACAGCAGCAUCUGGAUUCUUGGUGGACCGUUUUGGACGUCGUUUCCUUCUACUUUCAUCCGCCACGAUUGUGUCGUGUUCAUUAGCAGCCAUGGGAGCUUUCUUCUACAUGCAAGCGCAAUGGGGACCCGCUCUGGCCACUGAGAAACUCGGAUGGUUGCCGUUGCUGUCUCUCGUCGUCUUUUUCAUCGCUUAUUCCGGCGGAUAUUCCAACGUUCCUUUCAUUCUGAUGGGCGAAAUGUUUCCGUCCCGUUAUCGCUCCAUCCUCGGUCCGCUCAGCUCUUCGUUCAACUUGUGCUGCACCUUCACCGUCGUUCGCAGUUUCCCCGUCAUGCAAAUCUCGAUGGAGAAAUACGGCGCCUUUUGGUUCUUCAUGUGCUGCACCUUGCUGGGCAUCGUCUUUGUCUACUUUCUCCUUCCGGAAACCAAAGGCAAAACCCUCGAAGACAUUGAGAAACUCUUCUCCAAGAAAUACAACGCCGAUGGUACGUUGAAGACACCGGAAGUGCAGCCGGACAAUUACUCGGAUGGGAAAACGGCUUCCAUCGGUUCGACUGGUAUUCAAAUGAAACCAAGUCGUUCAUCUCUCCGCCAGCAGAAAGACGGUCAGAACGGGGGUGCCGCUUUGGAAAAUGGUAACGGAAUCACGACAUUGGCUAUAAAUCCGAUCGUCGAUUCAGAGGACGAAGAUGAGGAAGAUGAAUCUCUUGUCGCCGCACCAGGUGGACACUAAUCGACAGGUGGCAUAAUUUGGAUCGUAUAUCGACACUGCAAUCGAUUAACAACGACAAAAUCGCUGAAAUCACCCGAAAGGGGAUAACGUGUUCAAAUGUUAUUAAAUUAGCCCGUACUGGCUCAAGACGAAGUUACAAUUUGCCCUCUACUCGUUCCUACAGCUACAUUUUAUUUUAUUGUACAAAACUUGAUCGCAACGAUGUGUUGGCUUUUGAAUUUGAUUUUUGUUGUGUAAGAGUACAAAUGUUUUUUUUUUAACCAAAAUUGAUAGCGUAAAAUUAUUGAAUGGGUUCAUUAUCUAUCAGUCAGUACACGUCUGAUUCCCUGAUACCAGUAUUAACUGUUGCCUAAUUAGGCUCUUUUUUCCUCUCGUCAAACUGUACUCCAACAGAUGUCGAUGGCACAUUCAACCUUGUUGAUGGCAGUCCAAUAUCAUUCUGCUUUGUAGCUUCAAAUACACGAAUUACCCUUCAA